CUGGGGGUAGUUUGAGGGAGGGAAGAAGAAGCCGGGGAGGAGGAGGCACUCAAUGGAUCUGCGAGCCUGUGCCCUGGGUUAGUGUGGUACUUGGAAGACAGCACAAGGUGGAUCUGUACUCUGAAAUGCAGACAUUUUGAUGUUGGAAUUCAUCUUCCUUGUUGCAAGAAAGGAUUCUAAUAACUCGGUGUCAAAGGCAUAGACUCAACCUCUUCUCUUCUGAAAGCUCCACGUUACAACAUGGAAGCCAUUGCCAAGUUUGAUUUCAUGGCCUCAGGAGAGGAUGAACUGAGCUUUCACGCUGGAGAUGUUCUGAAGAUCUUAAGUAACCAAGAGGAGUGGUUCAAGGCGGAGCUUAGGAGCCAAGAAGGAUACGUGCCCAAGAAUUUUAUAGACAUCAAGUUUCCUGAAUGGUUUCAUGAAGGCCUCUCACGACACCAGGCAGAGAGCUUGCUGAUGGGCAAGGAGGUUGGUUGCUUCAUCAUCCGGGCCAGCCAGAGCUCCCCAGGGGACUUCUCCAUAUCUGUCAGGCAUGAGGGUGAUGUUCAGCACUUCAAAGUCAUGAAAGACAACAAGGGUAAUUACUUCCUGUGGACAGAGAAGUUUCCAUCCCUCAACAAGCUGGUGGACUACUACAGGACGACUUCCAUCUCCAAACAGAAGCAGAUCUUUCUGAGGGAUAGGACCCGGGAGGAACAGGGUCAGCGGGGCAACAGCCUGGACCGGAGGUCCCAGGGAGGCCUACCCCUGAGUGGGACUGUGGGAGAAGAAAUCCGGCCUUCGAUGAACCGGAAGCUGUCGGAUCACCCCCCGCCCCCUCCCUCGCAGUAUCCCCCCGCACCACUGCCACCACAGCAGCGGUACCUGCAGCAGCAGCAGCCUUUUCAUCAGGAACGCCGUGGAGGCAGCCUGGACAUAAACGACGGGCACUGUGGCAUGGGCAACAGCAGCGAAAUGAAUGCCGCCCUCAUGCAACGGAGACACACAGACCCCGUGCAACUCCAAGCAGCCGGGCGAGUGCGGUGGGCCCGGGCGCUGUACGACUUUGAGGCUCUCGAAGAUGAUGAGCUGGGAUUCCACUGCGGAGAGGUGGUUGAGGUCCUGGACAGCUCCAACCCAUCCUGGUGGACUGGCCGCCUGCACAACAAGCUGGGCCUCUUCCCUGCCAACUACGUGGCACCCAUGAUCCGGUGAGGCCCUUCUGGAGGGGUCGGAAGCUUUUGUCUGAAGCUGCCUGCAAGUGAUGGAACAAGGAAGAAAAUCUGGAACUACACAUACAUAUAUAUAUGUGUGUAUAUAUACAUAUGCACACACAUAUAUAUGCCUAUGUAUCCACACAUUUAUAAUAGUAAUUUAUUGGCAAGUUAGUUGGUUACUUAGUUGAUAUGAAAGGAGCUCAGGUGGACAAUUCUAUUCAUACUUAUCUUUCUGCUCCCCUCAGCGGGUGUGCAGAAGGCAGUGGGGGCGCUGGGAAGUGGGAGGCAGGGAAAUGACACCGACAUGCCUCCUGCCCUUAAGCCGGCACUGCUCCCUCCUCGUCUUGGGAAUUCUGACUGAGAGGACCUAAGCGGGAUCCACACCUGGUGUUGGACGCAGAAAAGCAGGGUGGGGUUGGACUUGGCGGGGCAUGUCCUCCUUUACCUGCAUGUCCGGCUCCCCGCCCCCUCCGAGGGUGUGCGGGGCUGCUGCCCCCCUCUCCCCACGGGGUGGGCACUGCUGGGCGGAGGACGAAGGUGCCGCUCUGAGCUGGGAGCGGGAGGGGAUGGGAGGGGAGGGCUGGAGCAGGGGGUGUCCCGGGGCCUGGGCAAGACUAGUCCCCUGGCGGAUGCUCACCUGAGACCUUCCUCUCCCUCAAGCGAACGUUCCCCAACGAAUUCUCUUCCCUGUGGCUGCGAUGGAGAAAUGGAGGCCCUGUGAGAACCGAGCACUGGGAAACGGAGCGGUUUUUCACAAAUCCCCCACUGGCUUACUUGAGUGUAACAUCUGUUUCCCCAGCAACCAAGAAAGCAGCAUCCUAGACUCUGUAAAGCGCCCGGAGAAGCCCCGGCUGAGAAUGGCAGAUUUCAGAGCCACUGUUUUAUGGUUACAGGGGUGUCUCUUCAGGGCUCUAUUUGUUCUCCCUCUUGGUUUCCUGUGUUUUGAAGAUGCUUUGCCCAGCAACACAGAGAGAAGCCCACUCCUCAAGAGCACUGGUUGAUUGACUGAUUGGCCAUGACCCUGGGUGGCAGCUGGCUUGGAGAGAGCUUCCUGUUCCCUCCAACUGUUGGGCCACCGCUGGCGCCUCCCCGCCCCACAAGCUGCACCUGGGAAGGAACCCCACGGCCACUGUCUCUCCUUCACCUCAAAAUAGACUCGUGUCUCCCAGGGCUCAGCCUGGGCGCGUGAAGCGCAGAUCAGCCUGGCUGGGGAGCAGGGACACUGGAGAAGGAAGCUCAGUGUCGUAGGGGAGCCAGAACAAACGUGUCCGCCCGGAGGGCGUCUAGGAGGAGUGGUGGGCGGGUAUACGGAGACCAGAAGGAAAGGGCUCAGGCGGAAGUGCUGGUGAAGGAGCUCCGGGGUGGGUGGGGACCUGUUGCUUCCUCUUCUUCCCAGCCCUUCCUGCUCUGAGGAGGGACGGGGCAGCCAUCACCCAAGGUGACGUAGGAAGAACGGGUUUCUGACUCAGAAGUAACUGUCAGUGUAACGUAGGCUAUGGCCUGUUGACUCUGAGAUCUGCCAUUCUCUGAUCCCCAUGUCGCCUUUAGAGAAAAAGAGAAAAAGAAAAGACUCUGUGGUGGGUCUUGGGAGGGAAGAGAAAAUAGCCUGAGAGGCAGGGGGAGUCCAGCGAGUGAGGAGGGGUCUCUGGAAGUGAAAGCGCAGGAGGUAGAAGGGAACGGAGACAUUUCAAAAGAUCCAGGAGCAGCGUGAGAGGCCGAAGGGAGGAAGAGGGACAGGAGGUGAAGUGGGACAGGUGAGGAAGACACUGGAGUGACAAGCUGGGGGCAGAUGAGGCACGGGCAGGAGGGACAGAGGCUGGUGGGCAGGACGAACCUGGACGGAGGAGACACUGCAGGAACCAAGGCAAAAGAACAAAGGCCAAGGAGCCCGGAUAAGCUGUUUCGGUGCUGGGUGAUGUGAACAGGUUACAGUAAAUAAAAGCCAAAGUAAUGUUUGAUUUUACAGUACUUACAAACCAUAUGCUUUCAGCGGUCCACGAAGUUGGUCCAUUUGUCUGAUUCUGUGGGAGGAUCAGCCCCAGGGAAGACAGAGGGAAACGACUGGGUUCUGGCCUGGGUUUUGUGCCUUGAAACACUCCUCAAGAAAGCAGUAAUAAAACAAGUGCCUUUGUUUUGCUGGG